CAAAUUUAUGUAAACAUUGGCACGUGAAAAUGGGAACAGAGGUUUUAUUUUUCGUUCCUAAUAUAAUAGGUUACUUUAGAUUAGCUUUACUAUGUGCCAGUUUAUGGUUCUACAGUAACCCUGUCUGGUUCCUUUCCCUAUACGGCCUGUCAGCAUUUUUAGAUGGCUUUGAUGGUUAUUUUGCCAGGAAAUUGAACCAGACAUCUGUAUUUGGUGCAUGGUUUGAUGUGGUUAUAGACAACAUCAGUAGAGGAUUUCUAUGGUGCUUACUUUACAAGUGGGGUUAUGGUGUUAUUCUGAUUGAAUGGCUGACAUUUGUGUGUACUCAUAAAAGGGGAGCUAACUGGAGGAUACCAGAUGAAAGUUUUCCAUUACUUUGUAAACUUGUUAUGCAGAAUUGUUUUAAGUCACCCCUAGGUAUAAUAGCUUUGACAGGGGUCCAUUGUUUACCUGUUUGGUUGUAUGCCUGUGAUUCUAAUUUCUUGACUGACCUUGGCCUUCACUUGUGGUUACAAUACACAGGUUCUGCAGUAUUGGUUGUAGGCAGGUUAUUGGCUUUAAGGGUUGAGAUAUUUUACAUAAUGACACAUAUCAGAACUAUGCUUGACGAAACAGCCUCCACUGCAGAUUAAAUGUUGUUGUAAUUUGCAUUUGUUUUUAAGUCACAACGAAGCAAAAAAAUGUACAAAAUAUGUUGCUGCCAA